AUGAUGCCAGAGCCUGACACAUUCAAAUCGUUCUACAUCUACGUACAUCAAGCAAAGGGCAAGGCAGGAGGCUGCGACGGCGAAUGGAACAACUGCCUCUAUCACUGCCUCCACGAUGCCUACCCAGAGCAGAUCACAGAGCACUUUGGUAAGCCAUCGCGCCUCAAGUUCUUCCUGGAACUCAAUGUCGAUCAGAAGGUCUCGAUCAAGCGGAUCCCAGAACUCGAGGAGAGACUCAACAUCAAAAUCAACGUCAAAGGUGAUCAUUGCUAUGCCUCGGCAUCAAGGGCAACCAGAGAGGUCAACCUAAUACUAACCAAUGGACACUACAAGCUAGACAAGGAGGGCACCUAUGCAGGCAAGGGCAUCAGAUACACUCGACACAACGAGAGGGACGUCUACAUCAAGCCAAUCGUAUUCAAGUAUCUCAAGGGCGAUCGGGUCCAGCUCUACGAUGACGACGAGUACAGCACAAUAACAUUGCAACAGCUCAUCAACAAGAAGAAGCGCAAGUACCAAGACAAGUGCGAGUACAUCCGUAUCCUCUCUGGAAUGACUCUCGAGGAGACAUUGGACUCGUUCAAGGCCGACGCCGACGCGCUCAAGGAACACACUAACGGCGUCAUCGACAUGUACACAACUGGACAGAACAUCAACAAAGCAGCGAUCAAGCUGUUCCUAUCGUACAACAAGACUGUCAAACCAGAGCCCAUCAGUCAGAUGGAGGGCGAGUGGAUAAGAAGUCAGCCUAUGGCCCAUUGA